CAAAAUAAACUUUAUAUAGACUAAUAUGUAUGUGUGUUUCCAGUGUUGCUGGUUCACCUCUCAGACUUGAGAAGAUGAGUGAUUCAGGAGAAGAAGAGGACAGAUCAAAGUAUCCAGUCUCCAGCUGUCUGUCCAUGAAGAGUGACCGCAGUAUAGAAUCUCCUCCAGACUUCAGUAUUGAACCUGGACCCUCAGACACAAAUGUUACUAGUUUACCUCUCAGACUUGAGAAGAUGAAUCAUUCAGAAGAAGAGGAGGACAGAUCAAAGUAUCCAGUCUCCAGCUGUCUGUCCAUGAAGAGUGACCGCAGUAUAGAAUCUCCUCCAGACUUCAGUAUUGAACCUGGACCCUCAGACACAAAUGUUACUAGUUUACCUCUCAGACUUGAGAAGAUGAAUCAUUCAGAAAAAGAGGAGGACAGAUCAAAGUAUCCAGUCUCCAGCUGUCUGUCUAUGAAGAGUGACCGCAGUAUAGAAUCACCUCCAGACCUCAGUAAUGAACCUGGACCCUCAGACACAAAUGUUACUGGUUCACCUCUCAGACUUGAGAAGAUGAAUCAUUCAGAAGAAGAAGAGGACAGAUCAAAGUAUCCAGUCUCCAGCUGUCUGUCUAUGAAGAGUGACCGCAGUAUAGAAUCUCCUCCAGACUUCAGUAAUGAACCUGGACCCUCAGACACAAAAGAGAGGAAGAGGAGUCAUGUUUCUGAGGAGGAGCAGCCUUCUCUUUCAGCAGCUGGUGGUCUGCAGGAGGUUUUAGAUGAACAUAAGAUCAGUCUGAAGAGGAGAUGUGAACAUGUGACUGAAGGAAGUGAUGGAACAGGAAGUGGAACCCUCCUUAACAGGAUCUACACUGAGCUCUACAUCACAGAGGGACAGAGUGAAGAGGUUAAUACCCAACAUGAGGUGAGGCAGCUGGAGACAGCUUCCAAGAUGGAGGCCCUCCAUGACACUCCAAUCAAGUGCCAGGACAUCUUUAAAGCCUUACCUGACCAACAGGGACACAUCAGAGUCGUUCUGACGAACGGCGUUGCUGGCGUUGGAAAAACCUUCUCGGUGCAGAAGUUCAGUCUGGACUGGGCAGAGGGUUUGGAGAACCAAGAUGUCAGUGUGGUGAUUCUGCUUUCGUUCAGGGAGCUGAACUUGAUCAGAGGUGAGCAGUACAGUCUUCUGGAGCUGCUCCAUGUUUUCCAUCCAACAUUACAGAAGGUCCCAGCAGAGAAGCUCGCCGUCUCUAAACUUCUGUUCAUCUUUGACGGCCUGGAUGAAAGCAGACUUUCUCUGGAUUUCAACAACAAGAAGGUUUUGUCUGAUGUCACACAGAAGUCAUCGGUCAACGUGCUGCUGACAAACCUCAUCCAGGGGAAUCUGCUUCCCUCGGCUCUCGUCUGGAUAACUUCCAGACCUGCAGCAGCCAAUCAGAUCCCUCCUGAGUGUGUCGACAGGGUGACAGAAGUACGAGGCUUCACUGACGCCCAGAAGGAGGAGUACUUCAGGAGGAGGGUCAGUGAUGAAGAACGGUCCAGCACAAUCAUCUCACACAUCCAGACAUCCAGGAGCCUCCACAUCAUGUGUCUGAUCCCAGUCUUCUGCUGGAUCACUGCUACAGUUCUGGACCACAUGUUGACUACAGAUCAGAGAGGAGAGCUGCCCAAGACUCUGACUGACCUGUACUCACACUUCCUGCUGGUUCAGACCAAGAAGAAGAAGCAGAAGUAUGAUGAGGGACAUGAGACGAGUCCACAGGAGCUGAUGGAGGCUGACAGAGAAGUUCUUCUGAAGCUGGGGAGGCUGGCGUUUGAACAGCUGCAGGAAGGAAACAUCAUGUUCUACCAAGAGGACCUGGAGCGCUGUGGUCUUGAUGUCACAGAGGCCUCGGUGUACUCAGGAGUUUGUACAGAGAUCUUCAAAAGAGAGAGUGUGAUCUUCCAGAAAACAGUCUACUGCUUCGUUCAUCUGAGCAUUCAGGAGUUUCUGGCUGCAGUCUACCUGUUCCACUGUUACACCACCAGGAACACAGAAGUACUGAGAGCUUUCUUUGGGACAGACUGGGACAAUGAAAGCAGUGAUGGAAAAGGUUUCUCAUUCCUGAAGAUCAAAGGGAUAUUCCUGUGGAAAUCCCUCAAAAAUGAAAAUGGCCCAUCCCUGGAUGACUUAUUGAGGAGAGCCAUGAAGAAAUCCCUAGAAAGUAAAAAUGGACACCUGGACCUGUUUGUCCGCUUCCUCCACGGCCUCUCUCUGGAGUCCAACCAGAGACUGUUAGGAGGCCUGCUGGGUCAGACAGACAACAGUCCAGAAAUCAUCCAGAGAGCCAUUAAUAACCUGAAGAAGAUGAACACUAAUGAGAUCUCUCCUGACAGAAGCAUCAACAUCUUCCACUGUCUGAUGGAGAUGAACGAUCUCUCAGUACAUCAAGAGAUCCAAGAGUUCCUGAAGUCAGAGAACAGAUCAGAGAAGGAACUCUCUGAGAUCCACUGCUCAGCUCUGGCCUACAUGCUGCAGAUGUCAGAGGAGGUUCUGGAUGAGUUGGAUAUGAAGAAGUACAACACACCAAACCAGGGACGACAGAGACUGAUUCCAGCUGUGAGGAACUGCAGAAAAGCUCUGCUUUCUUACUGUGGACUCUCAAAGACUCACUGUGAAGUUGUGGCCUCAGCUAUGAAGUCCAACCCCUCCCAUCUGAGAGAGCUGGACCUGAGACACAGCAGCCUGGAGGAUUCGGGAGUGAUGAAGCAGCUGUGUGAUGGACUUCAGAGUCCAAACUGUAAACUGGAGACUCUGAGAUUGAGUAACUACAGUUUGUCAGAGAUCAGCUGUGCUUCUCUGGCUUCAGCUCUAAAGUCCAACCCCUCCCAUCUAAGAGAGCUGGACUUGAGUCACAACGAGCUGCAGGAUUCAGGAGUGAAGCAGCUGUGUGAUUUUCUGGAGAGUCCACACUGCAGACUGGAGACUCUGAGAUUGUGGGGCUGCAGUUUGUCAGAGAUCAGCUGUGCUUCUCUGGCCUCAGCUCUGAAGUCCAACCCCGCCCAUUUGAGAGAGUUGGACCUGAGUCUCAACAAGCUGCAGGAUUCAGGAGUGAAGCAGCUGUGUUAUUUUCUGGAGAGUCCACACUGCAGACUGGAGACUCUGAGACUGUAUGGCUGCAAUUUGUCAGAGAUCAGCUGUUCUUCUCUGGCCUCAGCUCUAAAGUCCAACCCCUCCCAUCUGAGAGAGCUGGAGCUGAAUGACAACAAGCUGCAGGAUUCAGGAGUGAAGCAACUGUAUGCUUUUCUGGAGAAUCCGAACUGCAGACUGAAGACUCUGGGGAUCAAUGGAGAGUUGGUCAAAGCUGAGAAAGCAAAAUGAAAUGACUCUGAUGUCAAACUGGAUGUGUAGGGGUGUGAGGUCCCCUACAGAGAGCCAAACAUGACUAUACAGCCACAUAGGGGUUUGUAAUUGUUACAACUUGAGGUUAUUAUAUUGUUACAAUACCCAUUAAUUCAUUGUUAAAACAAGGUGCCUGGUAAAAUGGAAUGUGAAAGUGAAACAU